UAACAGUGGAGGGAAGGUAUGGGAAAUGAAAUGUGAACAGGAUUUAUAAAAGAUGUGGUGGUUCAUCUAGUGACGGGUUAAAAAUUUUUCACAGAGCUAUUUGUGGCUUGACGCUUUGCACGCCAGAUCGUCUAGAACAGCAUGGAGACGCUUCUUUUUCUAUUUCCUCAAUUCAACUACAUGGCCCCAAAGGAGGAAGCAUAUUUCAAAAUGCUUGGUCCAGAAGACUUGCAGGCACCAAAGAUGAAGGACGACAGCAGCAGACAGAAAGACAAGGAGAGGAAGAGCCGACUAAGCCUUUUUCUCACCAAGUCAGGCUCUCAUGAAAAUGUCAGUCCCAAUAAAAAGACAAACACGACACCAAGCAACAUCUCACCAGAGGCAGCUUUGCAAUGGAGUGACUCCUUUGAAGAACUGCUGAAGCACUCGGAGGGGUUGGAAACCUUCUCUCACUUCCUCAAGACAGAGUUCAGUGAGGAAAACAUUGAGUUCUGGUUGGCCUGUGAAGAAUACAAGACCAUUGACUCGGGGACGAAGCUGCUAUCCAAAGCCAAAUAUAUUUAUACAGUUUUUAUUGAAUCAGACGCCCCUAAAGAGGUCAACAUUGACUAUAACACCAAGAUGGACAUCAAGAAGAACAUAGGACAGCCCACAAAAAGCUGCUUUGAAGCAGCCCAGCUGAAAGUCUACAGCCUGAUGAAAAAGGACUCGUAUCCCAGAUUCCUCCAAUCUGACAUUUAUCUGCGUCUCACUAAGAGGAAAGGCCCGGGGGCCACCAUGUUUCGUCGAAGGUCACGCUCCUGUGUCUUCAACGAGAGAGGCGAAGCUACAUUCUAGCAUUGUAGAUGUAGCUGUUCACUCUGUGAAAAAGAGAUAAUCCAUGAUUUGCAGCACAAUUGUUGAAACAUAACAUGUUGCUGAGGCUUAUUAUCCACAGGUUUGCUUCUGCAGAGCCAGAGUGCAUUAUUUCUCACAACCACAAGGGUCACAGUGCAUUAUCUCACUCAUAUAGUACCAUGGCAAUUUGCUGGUUAUAAAAUUUCAAAGAAAUUGUUCGACAUUGGGAUACUUCUUUGGUUUCUUGCACAAGUUAGAUGAGAAGAUUGAUAAUACUCUCUAUUCUAGGUAUAAAGUCAUGACAGCAGCCAGUUAGUUUAGCUUAGCAUAAAGAAAGAAAAAACUGAAGAGUAAAAAUUACUUGUUGGGGUUAUGUGACAGUGAUGACAAAGCUCAUUGACGUUUAGCUAGCUGUUUCCCCUUGUUAAAGCCUUUAUGCUUAGCUAACUGGUAGUAGUUUUCUAUUUAACUCUCGACAAAAAGCGAAUCAGCACAUUUCCCAAGAUGCUGAACUAUUUCUUUAGUAUUUCUUUAGUACUAUACUACACAGCUGGAUAACUGCUGACACAUUAGCCUUCCAGCUAUAUGAGUAAAUUUAAAAAGGUUAUGAGGCCACUAUGUCAGAUCCUCUGUGACCAUGUUGUAGAAACAGCUAAUUCUGCAGCACCUGUGGAAAAAUCUAUUCAUUCUCUUUUUCAGAGGCACUGGACUGCUUGUGAGUUGAACCUUCAUGGAUGGUUUUUAUAUUUUCUCAAAUCUUGCAAGACUUGAAUGACAAUGGGAUGGUUUGGGACAGAAUCUCAAAGCUACUGACCGUAUUCAGCCAGCCAUACAGGCAGCCACACUAAGGCCUCUCUCCUGACUUCGGACAUGCUUCAAUUGCUUUGUCCUCCAAUUCAGCAACUGCACCUUAUUCAACAUUAAUACAGUUGAUAUGGCGCACAAGCUAAUUUGAACAUAUCUCAUUAAAAUGAAUGCAUGAUUUUAUCCCUCCACCCCCUUCAGACUAACAUGCAGUGAAAGUAUUGCUGUCAUCAUGACUACAAAGCGAGACUUUUUUUAAAUGAGGGAUAUAGCUCUCAUUUCUGGUAUUGAUUCAAAUAUAUUCCAUUUUCACACACAGAAAAUGCAUAUUUCUUAUUUGAAUACUAAUAUUAUAUGUAAAGAUUGCUGUUUUCUUCAGUUUGCUACCAUCAAUAAUAUAAUAUAAUUUAUGUGUUAUUAUGAUCAUAUCUGUUGCCUUGCUGUUGUAAAAUGUAUAUACUAUAGUAUGUGGAAUAACUCAAUAAAUACUUUCCUAUAAAAGCAA